AUGAGUCAGGAGUAUUUCCCCGGCAAGGGCGCAUCGGCCGGAGAGGGAUCCUCUCGGCACCUUCCUGAGGAUGUUUCCUCGGAGAACAACCCUUUUUAUCCACGACCCCCGCCUACGUACAUGACUGUCGGGAAUGGGUCGACGUCUGAGAGCGCCACGGCUCUCAUGGCUUCGUUGAAUGCGGAUUCGGGCUAUGGAGGCAGUAUCGCGAGUGGAAGUGUGAUGGAUGGUGAUGAGGGGGCCGGGUGGCGAGCGGAUAUGAUGGUUGAUAAACCGACGCCGGUGCCUACACCUCCCGGUAUUGCCGAGCAUGAGAAGCAGGUUAUUGCGAGCCAUGUUCAUCAACUACUCUAUAACUCGAAUCGGACGAAACUCGGGCGUGCGAUUUCCCGAACGAUUGAAACGUUGAAGGAGCUCCAGGAUAUGAACCGCCAAUGGCCAGCACACUAUCCAUCUGUACAGAGCGCUCCGGGUAGCCCCGGCUCGGAUUCGCAGAGACCCGGUCUACGACAGAGUCAGUCAUAUUUCGAAAGUGAACACAAUCAAUCGGAGCCUUUCCCCCGGCCAGGACAAAUGCGACGCGCAGCCACGAUGUCCGGAAGCGACGACUUGGCGGAGUCGAGUGCGGCUGCCGAACGCCGACCUUCACCGGAACCAAGAUUGAUGAGCCCACAGAUUGCGCAGGAAUUCUCGAUUUUGAAGUUGGAUCUGAAGCUCGGUGCUCUGUCACAGGCCGAGUUGGUACAUUCGCUGGAAAAGGCCUCGAUUGCAUCACUUUUGGACGGAAAAAUCAGCCAGAGCAUCAAACACCUUCUUUCUCUGCGGGACAGAAUCGAGGACACAUCAAGCAAGGUGCUAAUCACGGGAGACUUGAAUGCCGGCAAAUCCACUUUUUGUAACGCUUUGCUACGUCGCAAGGUGCUUCCCGAAGAUCAGCAACCCUGCACUAGCAUUUUCUGCGAGGUUCUCGAUGCGCGAGAGAACAGUGGAGUCGAGGAGGUACAUGCGGUACACAAGAACAAGCAAUACAAUCGCAACGAUGAAAGUACCUACGAUGUGUACACUCUCCCGGAACUGGAAAACAUCGUUAUCGACAACUCCAAGUACAUGCAAUGCAAGGUCUAUGUGAAGGACGUCCGAACGAUCGAUGAAUCUCUCCUCAACAAUGGGGUGGUGGAUAUCGCUUUAAUCGAUGCACCUGGUCUCAACUCAGACUCGUUAAAGACGACGGCCGUUUUCGCUCGGCAGGAGGAAAUUGAUGUGGUUGUGUUCGUGGUAUCCGCCGCCAACCACUUUACUCUUUCCGCCAAAGAGUUCAUCUUGAAUGCUGCUCAUGAGAAGGCUUACAUCUUCAUUGUUGUCAAUGGGUUUGAUCAGAUUCGUGAUAAGCAACGUUGCGAACGCAUGAUCCUGGAUCAGAUUGGCAAACUCAGUCCUCGUACGUAUAAGGAAGCUGCUGAGCUGGUUCAUUUUGUUUCCAGUAAUGCCGUCCCAGUUGCGCCUCCCGUCCAAAUGGAGCAGUCUGGUGGUGGCAGCGGUGGAGGUUCUGAUCCUCAUGGAGAUGAUGAUGACGACCAGUCUGACGAUAAAGGGAAGGACAAAGGAAAGGAGAGGGAGAAGAUUCGAGAUUUUGAGAACCUGGAGGGUUCUCUCAGACGAUUUGUCCUGGAGAAGCGCGCUCGUUCCAAGCUCGCGCCUGCGAGAACGUAUCUUCUCAACCUGCUUGCGGAUAUCAAUUCCUUAGCAGCUGUUAAUCGUGACAUCGCUCAGUCGGAACUCAAGCGCGUUACCGACGAGCUCGCUGAGCUUGAGCCUGCCUUUGAAAAUGGCAAGAAGAAACAGGUCGAGCUCGGUGAUGAAGUUGAAAAGUGUAUUGACGACUCGUGCGAGGAUGUCUACAACCAUACGCGUUCAACAUUAACGGACACCAUCUCCCGAGUGUCCGAGGCAGACCUAGGGGUUGAGUACCCUGGCCUGUUCUCUGCGUUCCAGUACGCUGAGGAUCUCAAACUAGCAAUGCUGGAGCAGAUCGCUACAUCCGUCGCUGAUUGCGAGGACUACGCACGGGCAAAGACUGUUCAAGGCGUGGGAUUCAUUCAGAACAUUGGUCUGCUGCAUGUUGGAGAGGACAAGUUCGCUCCAUUGAACUUCCGUGCUGAUGCAAUGUUCCGCCGUGGUCGCCGCCACACCCUAGCUAGGCAGGUCGACACUGAGGUGGAGAUCUGGGACUUCUUUGAUAUUACCGGUUUGUGGGAACGGCAGGAGAAGAUGGCUGGCACUGGAAUUGCCAUGACUGCCGUGACAGUCCUCGGUGGUCGAGCCUUCGGAGGCAGCUGGGUAGACAGCAUGCUCAGUGCCGCCAAAAUCCUUGGGCCUAACAACUUGCGGCGUCUCCUCCUACCUGGUAUCGUCGCUGCUGCCGUCUUGACCACUGCUUACAUGCUUUCGUCAAUCCCGCAUACACUUCCCCCUCGCCUCUCGCGCAAGCUUGCUGCUACUCUGUCCGAAAUGGACUACGUGCACUCCAAUGCCACUCGUAUCUCGACUGAGGUCCGCCGCAUCCUCCGUAUACCCGCCGGCAAUUUGCAGACCAGCCUCGCUCAAGGCAUUGAGGACCUCGGAAGACGUAAGCAGGAGGUCAGCAAGACGAAACACGAGAGCGAGGUCGCAAGCAAAUACUUCUCAAACCUCUUCCGGGAUAGUGGCGAGAACCGACGGUCCGUUGAGGAUAUUGAUCUUGACGCCCCCUUGCCUGGAGGUCUGGCCGCCGUGCAAGGCUGA